UUAAAUGCAUCGACGAGGCGCUCGCGGCCUCUCAAGUGAUGAGAAAGAGACGCGAAGCGAUGUCCGUCGUGCUGAACGCGUUCCUGCGCUGCGUCGCGUUCCUGCUGCCGCCCUCUUGGCUUCAGUUUUGCUGGUGGGUUGGGGAGGCGCCGUGGCCCAAUCCCAGAGCUCGAUUCAAACACACAAAGCCUCUUACAUAUGAGGAAGUAGCUGCUCGAGACGAACACAAACCCGUCCCCUCUUCCUCCUCCGACAGCCCCGCGCGGUCUCCGUCUCCGUCUCCGUGGCGCAGAUUCCGGACGCUCUGGUCCGCCGUGGAGCGCGUCCUCUCGGCUCCCUUUGAUCUUCACACGCGCUUGGGAAGUCUGUGUUCGCCGUACCGCGUCGCCGCCGGUCCCCCCUCGAGCGCAGACGCCAGCGGAGCCGCGGAAGAGGAGGCGUCCACGGCGCAGAUCAUGAGCUCCAGCACCGAGCCGCGGGAGAUCAGCGCUCCGGUGACCAUCACCGUGGCCAUCCAGGCUGCGGAGGACGAGGAGCCCGACGAGGAGCCUUCAUUCAACACCAUCGAGCUCCAGACGGGCAGCGGCAGCGAGGACGAGAUCGGAAGACACGAUAAAUCCAGCGGCGCAGGGACCAGCGGCGGGGAGCUGGAGGAGGAGAGCUGGCAGCCUCCAGACCCAGAGCUCAUCCAGAAACUGGUGGCGCAGAUUGAAUAUUAUCUGUCGGAUGAGAAUCUGGAGCACGACGCCUUCCUGCUCAAACACGUCCGCCGCAACAAGCUGGGCUUCGUCAGCGUCAAGCUGCUCACCUCCUUCAAGAAGGUCAAGCACUUGACGCGGGACUGGAGAACCACGGCGUACGCCUUGCGUCACUCCGAGCUGCUGGAGCUGAACGAUGAGGGCCGUAAGGUGCGACGCAGGACGACGGUGCCGGUGUUCGCCAGCGAGUCUCUGCCGAGUCGCAUGCUGCUGCUGAGUGAGCUCAAGCGCUGGCCGGAGCUGGUAGUCGCGCUCGGGGCCGACGGCGAGCAGGAGCGGCUGAUGGAGCUCCUGCUGAAAGCAUUCGGAAACUACGGGUCCAUCGCCUCUGUACGGGUUCUCAAACCCGGGAAGGACUUGCCGGCCGAUCUGAAGAAACUGAGUGGGCGUUACUCUCAGCUGGGAACGGAGGAGUGCGCCAUAGUGGAGUUCGAAGAAGUGGAGGCGGCGAUGAAGGCCCACGAGGCGGUCGGUGGAGAAGGAGGUGCGUCUUUGGGAUUAAAGGUCGUUCUAAUUGGCACCAAGCCUCCCAAGAAAAAGGUCCCGAAGGACCGGUCGCGGGACGAGGGAGUCGGCGGCAUGCGCAAGAGUCGCUCGCUCAACAGCCGCGUUCGAGAGUUGCAGUAUCACGGCGACGACUCCGCGGCGAGUUCCUCGGAAACCGAAAGCAAUCCCACGUCGCCGCGUUUGGCACGCAAGUCGCGCUCCUGCAACAAGCUCAGCCCCACCAUUGUAGUUCCCAACCACCUGAGUCCGGUGGUGUCUCCUCGAUCCAGUCCCUGGAGCAGCCCCUGCACCCAGCGCAAGACGCACCACUCGGGGAAGUUUCCGCUGGUCAGCGAGGGCCGCUUAAGCCCCGAGCCGGGUCGCCGAUGGGCGGACUAUUCCUCGGACAGCAGCUUGACCCCUUUGGGAAGCCCUUGGGUCCAGCGGAGGAAGCAGGUGGCCAGUCAGGAGAGUAGCCCGGUGGGAAGCCCGAUGCUCGGGAGGAAGAUCCAGAACGCAGAUGGGCUUCCCCCAGGUGUGGUUCGGCUCCCGAGGGGUCCGGAUGGGACAAGAGGCUUCCACUCAUCUCCCUCCGGAGAGCGAGACAAGGCUGCAUCCACGCAAACCUGCCUCUAAAGACCGUCCCUCUCGACCCUCGCACUCUCAAAGCAGUCGUGACAUCUCCGUAGGACUGACCUGUCUUUUGUAACACCUUUUUUCUAUAUGCCAUUUUUGUUGACGUUUUAUACAUCUUAAUUUCUCGCUGAAUGAUGGCAUCACAAGGGAAGCUGUUCUGAAAGUGUUUGAGUUUUAAAUUCUGACUCGUGUAAAUGGAUUCUGUGUGGCUCAGGCGUUCGGAUGUGAUCUCGGCCUUUCUGACGACGCCGCCGCCGUGAUCCCGGGAGCUGGAAAUAUAUUUAGUUUUAUUUGCUUUAACUUCCGUUUCGUUUCUGUCUUCGGACAUGCUUCUCAUUUUAGUGCUUUACAGAUCAGAUGGGACCCGUUUUUUUUGUUUCGUUUCUCUGUUCUUCAGGUUGAGUCCUCUCUGUGAAAGAGUGUUUGAGGUUUCUGUCCUGAGCACAAAUGCCUCGUAUCUGCCUUCAAUCUGGGUUUAGGCGAUGCACCGUCUGCUUCCUUACUGUACAAAUAAAUCACUACAAUCGCAGU